CCGAACCCAUCUCUGACAACAAGCAAACCUUGUCUUCUGAGUCAUUCAAAGAUUUAGCACUACUUAAGUUACUUAUUUUGUGAAGUUUGUAAACAUCCUUUGUUAACAGGGCACCUUUUUGCUUGUUUUGAUAACUGAUAUAAUCAGAAAACAGAUGCCUUCAGGUAAAAGGGGAAACUGAAUUGCGAGUCUCUUACAUUACCAUCAGAUUUGGGGCCUUGGUGACUAGCACAUCAUGGCACCUCGCCAGGACCAACAGAUUGAGAAAUUAUUAGAUGUGGCACUAAAACAGUGUAGGUUUCAAGGCCUGGAAGACUUCCUGAAUGAUAAAAACAAUGAGACACCUUCAAAAUGCUCAAAACAGUUUAUCACUAAGUUGGACAAAUUUAUGAUCAGGGAACUGGAUCAAAAGCGUGUUAAAAAUGCUUGUCUGGGUCUUACAAUCCUGCAUACAUUUGGAUGUUGCCUUGUCUCUCCUGGAGGUGAAGGGUUGGCAGGGAUGGUGUCUCAAGGGAUUGUGGAAAAGAUGGAGCAAUGGUUUGAGAAAGCCUGUCACUUAUGGGUGGAGGACAGAGCUCAGGGUAAUGAGAUGCUGCUGCAUCUAGAAGAAGACUUCUUUGAUGCUCUCAUGGCUAUUCAUGACAGUGGAAAAGAGGGGACUUCUCAGGUGACCGAGUCAUUCCUGCCCCUCAUUGGCAGGCUGGCUUCUGAUUCCCAAGUCCACAUAUCAGUGCAGAAGGAGGCAGUCCAAAAACUUAACAUAAUCUUGGAUGCAAUGCCGCCUGAACUGAAGAAAGAAAGGAAAAUAUUGUCAAAAGAGGCUUCAGUUGUUGUAAAAGAACUUGCUGGCAGGAUUGUUGAGGGCGGAGAUUAUGAUCUGCAGGCUGCCAUGCUUGAAGCCAUUUACAGGAUGACAGUUGCUUCCCAGAGAAGAGAAUUUGUGCAUAGUUGGUUCACCAUGGGCUUUGUGGCUUCUGCCUUCCUGAAGAUACGGGAACCUCAGUUUGAGACAGAUUGCAGAAAAUUUCUUAACAUGGUCAAUGGCAUGAAAGGUGAUAUGAGAAGAGUGUACUCCUACCCAUGUCUCGAGGUGUUUUUGGACAAGCACGAGCUGCUGAUGCCAUCUGAUGAAAAACUGGAGGAAUUCUGGAUAGACUUCAAUAUUAUAAGCCAGAGCAUAUCAUUCUACUGUACCCUAGCCAGCGAUGAGACGCAGGAACCCAGCUCGACUUGGGAGACAUUUUUCCUGCCCAACAAUGAAGUGGAGAGCUAUUCAGUGGAUGAGCAAGAGAACAAGAAAAUCCUGAGUGUGCUGCUGACCAGCCCACGCUGUUUAGGGGAAAUCUCGGGCUCCAGACUCUCCGUCCACUUCAGCUCCUCCCUGGACGUCCUAGAGGCUGCGCAGAAAGUGUUUGGAACUGCGAAGAGCAAAAGAUUUGUUGGAAAGAAGGGCACUUCUGUGGUGAAGACCACUGUCCAGAUCAUCCUGGAUGAAACCAACUCACAGGUCCUCAUUCCAGACAGCCAGAUCUCCCUCAGCCAGCGUUCAGAGAGAGAGCAGCCAGCCAUGAACAUGUCCACCACCUGCAAGCCGCUUCCCCCUAGUGUCCCUCUGCAGAAUAGCAUCCCCAAACCCCAACUCCCCAAGAGUGUGACCCCGGGGAGGCCGAAGAUCUCAGAGUCGUCAAUGUUUAUCUCCAGCAGUAGUGGCGGCCGUAAGCUGAGAGGAGACCCCUGCACAGCUGUAAUGCCCUCAUCCACCCCCAGAGGGAAGGUGAAGCCAGCCCUGCAGAUGAUCAGCUCAGUGGAGAGGAAGCACGAGCUGAGCCUGAGAGAGAUGGUGGUGACCAAGACCUCCCACAGCAUGAAGCUCUCUCCUGAGCUCCCAGACACCAGCAAAGAGCAGCAGUCCAUCCCGGUAUCUGUCCCUCCAUGCAGCGCCAAUCCAAGGCCCGACCCAAAGAGAGGCCAUGAGGCAGAGAAGUUCCGCAGGCACAUUCCUGUGGACAAAGUGCUGGAGAUGGUGCAGACACAGGAGCCCUGUGUUGCAGAGGAGCCUCUGGAUGAAAGCAUAGUCCCAGACUCCCAGCCUACCAACAGAAAAGAGAGCAGCAUGCUUCCUGGUCUCUGGAGCAGUGGCUUCUCCAAGCAGAAGUGGUCUGUGUGCGACUCAGUGGUUUCAGGAUGGAGGAGCAACUCCUCCCUGGGUGCUCCCAAACCUGGUGAUGACCCUGCCCCCAAGCCCACUCCGGAAAAAGGAGAGCUGCAGCCUCAGCAGUGGCGGCCCCCCUUAGCCCAGCGCAACUCCAAGGAGGUCAACCAGAAAGAGCUGCACACUCAGCUUACCCAGAAGCUGGAGGCCCUGGUCAAGAAAAGGGAGCAGGGCACGCCGGCCAAGGGGCCCCUCACUGGCACAGCAGGCUCCAGCCAGUCCCAGACACCCUGCCGAGAUGGAGCCGGAGCACCAGGCUCAGGUAAGACCAGAGCUGUGCCUGGGAUGGUGCCCGUGCCGAAGUCUCUCAAGCAAACACCAGCCAAGGCUCUGUCAGAGAAAACAACCAAUCCUAAAGCUGAAGCUGCUCCGUCGGACGUCACCAAGAAACCGGCCCGAGGGAGUGCUGCCAAAGAGAAGAAAUCAGAAGAGAUGACGGAGAAUAUGCUGAAGUUUAUCUCUAGCCAUUACCAAGGCAUAGGCUGUGUUACUGCAAAGGAUUCUGGGCUACUGUCAGCCAAUGCAACCAACAAGAGGUCUUUAUUUGAUAAAUCUUGGUACCUUAACAGCAGCGUAAAAGGAGACCGUAAUGGCUCAGGGUUUUUGAAAUCAUUUGACUUGUCCAAGAAGACUGACUUCACAGAGGAUGUCUAUGCAUUUGAAAUGAACAGCCCAACUAGUACAGGAAAAAACAUCAAAAAAGCCUCUAAUAAAUCUGUGAUGGAGUCCAGUGCUAUCAGCAGCUCUUUCACCCUUUCUGCAUCUGCAAAGAAGCCCCCUCUUGAAAAGGUGUUCAGCCGUCACGUGGCAAAGCACCUGUUCAGUGACACGGACACAGACAGGGACAAAGAGAACGCCACGGACGUCAGCUGGCUCAGGGACUCCGCCCGCAGGCCCAAACCCAAAGUGGCCGACUACAGCCGCCAGCCGACCAAAGCCUGCCCAUGUGUCUCAGAUAUGUCCCCAGACGAGCCUGCUCCGUCUCCCAAACCCGCAAAGGAGCAAGCCAAGCCAAAGAGGAAAAGGCCUCAGAAGAAGCCUGUGGAGCAGAAGGCUGCUGCCAAGCCCUUGGCAGCUGCUAGAGAGACUGCAGCAGUUGCCAAGGCGACAGAAGGGGUUACCAAAGCGACCGCAGGGGCUGCCAGAGCGAGUGGCAGAAGGCCCCGCAGGGCCGCGACCUUGGAAGUGUCCUACAGGGAUCCCUCGGACCAGUCGGAGUGUGAGGAACCUCCAGCCUUACCGACCAAGAAGCGCAGGACCAGUGACCCUCCCGAGGUGCCUGAGAGGCCGCAUCCGUAUGUGAAGACCAAGAGGGUCUCUCCCCCACUGGAGAAGCCGAAGCCAGUGAAACCUCCUCAAGAGUCCUGGGCCAGCAGAGUGGCCUCCUCCCACUUCAGCCCUCGCCCGAUAGAGAGGAUGAGAUCUGCAGGGAUGUCUCCUCCAUUAGCCCUGUCCCCCUCCACCCCCCUCCUUCCUCUCUGCCUCUCCCCGGUGGCCCGACCCUCUCCUUCGCCCACCUUGGAGAUGCCCAAACCCAUGAUGGGCAUCCAGGCCUCGUCCUUCUACAAGCCCGCAACAGGAGGCAAAGACAAAGAAAAGCAGAAGACCCUGCCCACUCCUGCCCUACCGACGCCCAUCGGCAUGACCCCCUCCAUCGCCAGCUGUCGCAGGUCAUGCGCCUCAGAGCAUCCUUCACUGAGCCCGGUCCACUCCCUGCACUCCCCGGCCCAGCCGCUCCUCACCUCCACGGCCCUGGACAAGUCUCCGGUAGGCUCGCUGCUCAAGUCCACUGACCUCGACCAGCAGCUGCGAGACUUUGUCAAGACGCACGGGGGCUUGCUGGACGAGUCAGACAAGGAAUCUGUCAUCACCAUGGCGACCCUGAGUCAGUCCUCACACCUCUCAGUCAACAACGUGGCCAUACUGUGUACUGAAAUCGAGAAGACGCCUGCCUCCAACAGGGGAUCUGCAAACAGUGAACAGGUGUUGCAGUCAGGCCCCAGCUAUCCUACUCGCCAUUCCUCCCAGUCCAACAGCAGUCAUUUAGACAGUGAGAGGGAAGAUGAGGAUGAUGAAGAUCAGGGGGAGGUAGAGGAGGAAGAAGCAAAGAGUGCACCAAGGCAGAAGCCCCUCAAGAUGAAGCCCAGAAAAUUGUUCAAAGAUAAAGCAUGUCCGAAGCAGCCAGAGCAGAGGCAAAGCAGCUCAGAGGAAGAUGAAGAGGAGCAGCAGGAGAACGUCCGAGGAAAGAAGAGGAGGAGAGCGGUCAAAAUGACUAAUAAGACCUACUACACUACCCAGGGCGAAAGCACCAGCAGAGUGGAGAACAUGGAGGUGGAGAUGUCCUCCCACAUGACAUCCAGCACCGGUAGCACCUGGAAGACCAGCCUGAAGGGAAACAUGGAUGUGGACGCCGUACACACGGAGAUGAGCAGCUCGCAGGAGAUGGGCUAUGUCUGCCGCGAGUUCAGCACCGAGCUCACCAGGAAGUUCCAGAAACGCUCGGAAAAGAUGGAGCUGUACACUAAGCAGUCUCUGAAGACUGUCCAGCAACAUAUGUCCACUGUCAGCCUGCAGAUGCGCAAGCACAGGUCACAGAGGCUGGAGAAGAUCAAGCAUGCGCUGCUGGAGGAGAUCAGCAACCUGGAGCAGGACGACAACGGCCUGAAGAGCAUGGAGAAGGAGCUGACGAUCUACUGGAAGAAACAGACCCUGGCUUUCCACUCGUACCAGGAGAAAGAAUCUCGGAGGCUCCAGCACCUGAAGAACUCCUUUCAGACAAACGUGUGCCACAGCCUGGAGUAUGAGCAGCAGAUCAUUAGUUCUGAGAUGUGCCUGAUGAAGAAGGACAUGAAGUCGGUCCAGGAUCAAUUUCUUCAGGAGAUGCGAGAGGAAGAGCUCUCAAGCAUGCGUCGAGGACUGCAGAGUCUGUUCUUGUCGGGGGCUCCUCUAUUCUAACUCAGAGAAGGAUCGAUAGAGUUGUUUUUAAUCUGCUUCAUGUUCCUGUUCACAUUCCGAUUCCAUUAAUGUAAGAAUUCCCUUUAG